AUACGAAUUGCAUAAUAAGAUCGCAUUUCAAUUGGAUUCAUACAUUAAAAGAAAUUGUAAAAAAAAAAAAUUAUAACGAAAUAAUAUACAGCCACCAAACCGUAAAUACACGGUUUUUAAUCACUUGCAUUUAAAAGUAACAAAUCCGAAUAAGCGAGUAAUUAAUUGUGAAAGGAAAUACCAGUGCAUAGAAAGUAUUGAGCAUAGUAUCGAAUUUUUGCGGAUAUCCUAAACAAAUGUAUAAUUUGUGGUGUUAACUGUGGCCCAAGGACACAGUUCACGUUUAUCCGGUUUUUACUUUUUAUUGUGAUUUUUUUUUUCGAAUAUGAAAUGUGAAUUUCAUUUAUUAAAAUGACAACAUGAGUGUCAGACUUAACAGGUGUAUUUCGGCACCAGUGCUGCUUGUGGCAAUAGUCCUCGUUCAAAUUCCCGACAUAUAUUCCAGAAGACACGAGUCCAAUCGUCACAUCAGAUCGAGGUCGAGUCAGUCACGUGACAGAUGGAGCGCGUGGAGUGAGUGGUCAGCUUGUAACGCAGACUGUGGGACCGGGGUGUCCUCAAGAACCAGGGAGUGUCUAGAAAACACACGAGCAUGUACAUCAGAGAGUAUUGAAUAUAAAGUCUGCAACAGACAGGAGUGCGCGCAUGAUCAGCAAACACUUCGACAGCGGCAGUGUUCGGCGCACAAUGAGAAAAAGUUCGGAGGCAGAAACUACAGAUGGCAGCCGUACGACUUAGGGGAUGGUGAUUGUGACCUGACGUGCAGGGCAGACAGAUAUGGUUUCUACAAUACAUUUCCAGAGCAUGCGCAAAACGGUGCUUUAUGUAAUACAAAUCAGGGGUCGGUGUGUCUUGAGGGAGUCUGUACCGAAGUUGGAUGUGACGAUGUGGUUGGUUCUCAAACAACGCUUGAUUUAUGUGGCGUCUGCAAUGGCGACGGGUCAACGUGCCGUAUUGUAAAGGAUGUAUUUGAGACCAAGAAAUUGGAAUACGGCUACAAUAAGGUUGGCACUCUGCCUGCUGGUGCCACUAGCAUCAAUAUAACGCAACUGGGUCAGAGUAGGAACUACAUCGCAUUGCGAAUAUCCAAUGGCAGAUAUUUCAUAAACGGUAACCGGCGUUUAUCACGUGAUGGGAAGUACGAUGCAGCUGGCUCGGUCUUCCGGUACCAUCGGUAUAACAGCAGACAUUUGAACCAAUGUCCAGGAGAAUGUAUCCUAUCGAAAGGUCCGACCACUGAACCAAUCGACAUAAUGGUUCUUUCCUUUGGCCACAACCCAGGAAUAUUUUACCAGUUCAGUGUACCGCAUGGUUCUGAGCCAUCGCACGAGGCGGCUAUAAUCGUAGAGGACGAUUUCCGGGGAAGCCACAAUGUUGACCACCAUCCCGCACCCCAAAAUAACAGUAGUUCUCAGAACGAGACUACGUCACAUAAUCAUCGACGUCAUCAUCAUCGUCAUCACCACUCCAACACCCCCAGUGCUAUGCCAGGAUACACGCAAAGCUUCACAUUCAUGGAGAAAAAGAAUACAGGAUCGAAUGGUUUAACUGAUGCUUUGAAGGAAUCCAAAACAUUUUUUAAAACACAGUCUGACAAUGUUAACAUAGGUUCUUCUAUUGGUGAUAACGUUAUACCGAAUUCCGAUGGAUUCCGAUGGCAAGUUACCGGAUAUACACCAUGCUCAGCAACUUGCGGUCAAGGUACAAAGAAACCUUUCUUGGAUUGUUUCUAUGGAAAUUCAAAAGUGGAAGAAAAGAAUUGUUUAAUGGCAACAAAACCUGUUUUGGGUUCACAACCCUGUGUAUUGAAGUCUUGUCCGAAAUGGGAAAACCAAGUACGAUUUGUGAAGAGUCGAUGGCAGCCUUCUGAUUGGUCAGAUUGCAGUGUCACGUGUGGUGUCGGACAACAGACUAGGAAGUUGAUGUGUGUUCACGAAAUAUCCCCCAAUGUCCUAAUAUCUGUCGUAGACAAUGACUGCCUCGGUCUGGACCGACCAAAUACAACACAACCAUGCCAGGCAGUCCCUUGUUAUAAAUGGGCGUCCGGCAGAUGGUCACAGUGCUCCGUGACAUGUGGACGCGGAGAGCGCAUGCGCAGUGUAACGUGUAUGUCACAGGAAGGUAGACGUGUCUUGAGUGACUUCUGUGAUCCAGUUGAAAAACCAGAAGACAAGUCAGACUGUAGUUAUGGCCAAUGUAGAACAGAAACUGUGUCGUCUGUUUACGUAAGCAUGAAGUCUUGGUACGUCACAGAAUGGGGAAAUGACUGUCCGGUUGAAUGUGGAGAGGGUAAGCAGACCAGGGAAGUUGUAUGCUACGGAACAAACACUAACACUGACCCCAGAAGAAGUUGCCUUCAGCGUGACAAGCCCGACACAGAACGGUCCUGUCAAUCUAGGCGCACCUGUUACGGAACUUGGUUCAGCGGACCGUGGGAAAAGUGUAAUGCUACUUGCGGUAGUGGCUAUCAGAACAGAGAUGUGGUCUGUAUACAAAAUACCGGAAGCGGAAGGUUUACGAUAGUUUCCGACUACAGCUGUACAUGGUCAGACAAACCGGAAAACGUCAAACCGUGCCAGUCCGAACAAGCUUGCGGUCCUCAAUGGUUCAUGUCUAACUGGGGAGAGUGUUCUGUUACUUGUGGAAAGGGUCGUAAAUCACGUGAUAUUCAAUGCUUGGAUACUUAUGGCGUGCCUAGCAACAAAUGCGAUAUUCGACAGAAACCAACUGAAGUAGAAUUAUGUAAGCAAAGUCCCUGUACAAGUCAAACAGUUUCAGAUUCUGGAUGUCGGGAUCGGUAUUCAAAAUGUAAUUUAGUGGUGAGAAGAAACUUGUGUGAUCACGUGUUUUAUAUGAACGUCUGCUGCAGCUCAUGUUCAAGGUGGAAAUCCUAAAGACAAUAUGAUCGUGUUUAACUGUUGUUGUAAAUAGUGUUUCUGUAUGUAUAUACAUUUGGUUUAUGUGUAGUUUUUAUACUACAAAUGACAAUUUCAUAUACGGUACAUACUUUAAAAGAUACAAAGAAAAAGAUAAUAACCCAAUUAUAACUUACUACAUACUACAUGUUUAAAUCCUUGUAAGGAAAAUUGCAAGUAUUAAAUGAUUUGGAAUCAUAUAUAUUUUUGAAGCUAGAGUUUGUUGGAGUGUUUUGAAUUUUAGAAUUUUGUCCUUUGGACUUAAUUCUAUAGGUGGUACAAUGUAAGUUGUUGGUAAACUAUAAAUAGAUCAUGAUUUAUUUCUUAUAUCUGACACGUGGAAGUGUAUUCCCGUGUGUUUCUGUAUACAUGUAUUUUCAUGUAUUAGAAGUCUUUCAACAAGAGUUCUGUUUAUAGGUUGCAUAUAUACUGUAUAAAUGUUAUUUGUCUCAUUUUGAAAAGAAACUUUGUAUCAACAUUUCUUAGUCUUAAAUGAUUGUUAAUUUACUUACUUAUGUGAUAUUAUUUCAUUUUAUUGAUCAUGCAGUGAUAUUUUGACAAAAAGCUUUAGUUAUUGUUAAUUCUGUCAUAAUAAAUUUUUGGCAAUAAACAGAAUCAAAUCUUUUAA